CCAAAAGCUUAAGAAGAAAACCAAUUAAGGGGCCUUGUUUCCAGCUAAGGGUAGAAGCAGAGCAGAGAGAGAGAGAGAACACAGCUUCUUCUUCUUCUUUCUUCUUCAAAGCUUCUCUCCCAUGUGGAUCCCAAAACCUUCUCUUCUCCCAUUCCCUCACAUUUCUAAACCAACAUUCUCCCUCUGACAUUCACUCACUACCUACAACUUCCACACCAAUGCUCUCCUUCCUUCCACCAAACUAGCAAAAAAAAAAAAGAAACUCCAACCUCACCGCCAAAACAAAGUCAUUAACGAUGCUGCUUCCUCACUUCUCCACCACCAUUUUCCUCCUCUGCCUCUUCUUCUUCUUCACACUCCUCCAAGCCACUAAUCUCACUCUCACUCUCCCUCACCAACAUCCUUCCCCUGACUCCGUCGCUCUCCACGUCUUAAGUUCAAUCAAUGCAUCCCUCUCCCGGAGACAACUCUCCUCCUCCUCCUCCUCCACUUGCCGCACCGGCAACCCAAUCGACGACUGCUGGCGCUGCACCUCCUCCGACUGGUCCUCCAACCGCCAACGCCUCGCCGACUGCUCCAUCGGCUUCGGCCGCGGCACCCUCGGCGGCAAAAACGGCAAGAUCUACGUCGUCACAGACUCCUCCGACAACAACCCAUCAAACCCAACCCCCGGAACUCUCCGCUACGCCGUCAUCCAAGAAGAGCCCCUCUGGAUCGUCUUCUCCUCCAACAUGCUCAUCCGCCUCAGACACGAACUCAUCAUCAACAGCUACAAAACCAUCGACGGCCGCGGCUCCGCCGUCCACAUCACCGGCAACGGCUGCCUCACCGUCCAGUACGUGCAACACGUCAUCAUCCACAACGUCCACAUCUACGACUGCAAACCCUCCGGAGGCGCCGUCGUCGCCGCGACGCCGACGAAGUCCGGGAGGCGAGGCAGAUCGGACGGCGACGGGAUCUCCAUCUUCGGAGCUCAGAAGAUCUGGAUCGACCACUGCUCCAUGAGCCAUUGCACCGACGGGCUUAUCGAUGCCGUGAUGGGGUCCACGGCGAUCACGAUAUCGAAUAACUACUUUGCGCAUCAUGACGAGGUGAUGCUGUUGGGUCAUGACGAUAGUUAUGGUCCGGACACGGGGAUGCAGGUGACGAUUGCGUUUAAUCAUUUCGGACAGGGGCUUGUUCAGAGGAUGCCGAGGUGUCGGAGAGGGUAUAUACACGUGGUGAAUAAUGAUUUUACUUCGUGGAAGAUGUAUGCGAUUGGUGGAAGUGGUAAUCCUACGAUUAAUAGUCAGGGGAAUCGUUACAUUGCUCCUUCUGAUCCUAGCGCCAAAGAGGUGACCAAAAGGGUGGAUUCGAAGGACGAUGGAGAGUGGUCGAACUGGAAUUGGAGAACGGAAGGAGAUCUGAUGGAGAACGGAGCUUUCUUUGUGGCGUCUGGUGGGGGAGUGAGCGCAUUGUACUCUAAAGCUUCGAGUGUGGAGCCUAAAGCUUCGGCUCUUGUAGACCAGCUCACUCGAAAUGCUGGCGUUUUUGGCGGUCCCAGGGAUGAUCAAGGUCAGAGUGGCGAUUCUUAUUCUGGUUAUGGAGGUGGUGGUGGUGGUGGUGGUAGUGGUGGCGGCGGAGGUGGCAGCAGCGGCAGCGAUGGAGGAACUAGUGCUAUUGGCGGUACUACGAGAGGAAGUAGCACCAGCAGCAGCGAUGACAGCAAUUUCUUCGGGAUGAUCUUCGGAAGCAAUGCACCGCCUCGACCACGUUUAACAUUAUUGUUUUGUUUGAUAAUGAUUUGUGUAAUGUCAUUAUCAAGUCUAUUAUUGUUGUAGUCCGCAAGGAUAACUAAUAGGAUUUGGACCCUUCAAUUGAUUGGUUGUUGGCUUGGUU